AUGGCGACCCCCCCCCCACCCAUCAGACCUAUGGGACGACAACACCCCUUUAAUAUGCCAGGGAAUGACGGUACAAUACUCACCUGCCUUAAAGGGCUGGAAAAUGCCGAACAUAAGCCCUGGAGACUGCGGACCUGUGGAAGGAGCCACCCGGAACGUCCACCCACCGGAG